UCGUGCCUGUUGCUUCCGGCAGAGGCGCACCCUCCAUCCGGCUCGCCGCACACGUCUUUCUCAUCGGCUCCUGUUAUUAUCCAUUUUCUCCGAUAAUGGACGCGGGAUUCUUCCGCGGCACAAGUGCGGAGCAAGAUAACCGUUUCAGCAACAAGCACAAGAAACUGCUGAAGCAGCUGAAAUUUGCAGAAUGUCUGGACAAGAAGGUGGACAUGACCAAAGUGAACCUGGAAGUCAUCAAACCUUGGAUUACUCAACGAGUGACAGAGAUUCUGGGGUUCGAGGAUGACGUCGUCAUAGAGUUCAUAUUUAACCAGCUUGAAGAAAAGCACCCGGAUAGCAAGAUGAUGCAGAUCAACCUGACAGGCUUCCUGAAUGGGAAGAAUGCGCGGGAGUUCAUGAAGGACCUGUGGCCCCUGUUGUUGAGUGCCCAGGAGAACAUUGCUGGCAUCCCCUCUGCUUUUCUGGAACAGAAGAAAGAAGAAAUCAAACAGAGACAGAUUGAACAGGAGAAGCUAGCUUCUCUUAAGAAGGUGGAUGAGGAUAAGAAGGACAAGGACACCAGAGAGAGGGCUCAAUCAAAAAGCCCAAGGAGGCGGAAGACAAGGUCGCCAUCACCACGGCGAAGGUCGCCAGUGAAGCGUGAAAGGAAACGAAGCCCGUCGCGCUCCCCAAGGCGCAAACCCAGCCCAGUUGGUGGCAGUUCACCCCCUCCACCCCUGAUGCAGCUGCCCACGAAACCUUUGGAGCAGCUUGCAGAGCCAGAUACAUCAGGAAGAGCCAUGCUAGAACCAGUGGUCCAAGAAGCUUCUUCCACCUGUGACACAGUUGUGGAGGUAGUGAAAGCAGACUCCGUGAUGGAAGUCAAAGAACCCUCCCCAGAGAAAACUCAUAAGAAGGAGGAACGACCCAGGUCUCGAGAGAGGGAGAAGGACAACAGGAGGGAAAGGCCUCACCACCGCUCCCGUUCUCAUUCCCGUUCUCGCAGGCGACGCUCCCGUUCUAGAUCUUACUCCCCUCGUAGAAGGCAGAGUCCCAGGAGGAGAAUGUCUCCUCGUCGAAGGAGUCCCCCUCGACGUGGUCCCACGAGCUCCAGGCACAGACACAGGCGCUCCCCGCUCCGCAGGAGGCGCUCUCGCUCUGCUUCAUCCUCUGGCAGCAGCUCCUCAGGCUCUUGCUCCCCUAAAAAAGCAAUGAAAAGAAUAUCUAGCACACCACCUCGAAAACAGGCCCAUCAUCCAGACAACUCCAUUAGUCCCGCAGGGAAGGACAGGCGGUCACCGUCUCCCAGGGCUAGAAGAGGCCGGGGCUCAGCUUCCCCACCCAGAUCAUCUGGUUUAAAGCGAAAAUCAGGAGGAAGAGGGGAUUCUACGUCUGAUAAUGCCAAGCCCAGACAUUCUGAAGUGUCUGACUCAGAGGAGGAUAAAAAUGAGAAAGGGGCAACAGCAGAUUCGGUGCAGCAGCGACGUCAGUAUCGCAGGCAGAAUCGACAGUCGUCUUCAGACACAGGGUCUUCUUCCUCAGAAGAUGAGGGGCCAAAGAGGCCAACAGCAGGGCCAGGUGCCAGAAAUGGUGAAGUCAGGAGGAGACGAAGCCGUACGCCUUCCCCACGGAGGCGACACAGGGAUGCCUCUCCCAGGAAAAGACGUUCUCCAUCCCCCGGACGCAGACGUCGCUCCACUUCUCCCCCACGACGUCGCAGAUCUCCCUCUCCUCCUAGACGCAGGUCUCCUUCCCCACCUCUCCGUCGACGAUCUCCAUCCCCCAGACGGUAUUCUCCCCCGAUCCAGCGUCGCUACAGCCCCUCACCUUUGCCUCCUCAGAAAAGGAAAAUGUCUAGCUCUCCCGCAAAACGCUCUUCUCCAGGGGCCAAGCGACGUCCUUCCAGGUCCCCCAGGCGCAGAAGUUCUCCUGCUCCAAGGAGACGCACACCUCCAUCCUCCUCACCACCACCCAGGCACAGGAGGAGCCCCAUGUUGCCUUCUGGCUGGCAAAGCAGGGACACACGAUCCCCAGCUGGAGCAGCCAGCCGCCUGUCCCCAUCCCCUGUAAACCGCAGUCGCACUCUUAGGAGUCCCCCAAGUUCCCAGGGACGUUUUGAAACCUCCAGCACAUCUCCAUCUAACCAGCGGAGACAACAGUCCCCGUCACACAGUGGCAAACCCAUCCGAAGAGUGUCCCGUACCCCAGAGCCACGCAGCAACCAGAGACCCUCUCUGAGCCCCCAGCCUAUGAGGAGAGCAUCUUCCAGAUCAAGAUCUGUAUCCCCUCAACCAGCAGCUCAGAAACGCCCAGCCCCUGCAUCUGCCUCCCCCUCACCGCCUCGCUCUGCCAGUGGGUCCCCACCACCAGCCAAAAAGGCCAGCAGUGGUUCCAUCAGUCAGUCCCCAAGCAAGAACUCUGAUGUUGAAGGCAGUGGUAAGAAAAAGAAGAAAAAGAAGGAAAAGAAACAUAAGAAAGAGAAGAAACAUAAGAAGCACAAGAAGCAUAAGAAGGAGAAGAGUGGUGCUACUGGAAGUGGAGAUGGACAAGAAAACCAGGGUGUGGAGGAGGAUGGAGAUUCAAGAAAGGAAUCAGACAGUGAAGUAGAGGACAGCUUGGACGACCUAGAGAAGCACCUAAGAGAGAAGGCUCUGCGCUCCAUGAGGAAGGCCCAGAUGUCUCCAUCACAGAUGUCCUGAAAACAAGGGGCUUUCUCACUUUUGAAUUUUCCAGUCACUCUUGAUGUUUGUCAUCAACUUGGUUCAGCUUUAGAAUGUACAAAUUGUUAAUUCUUGAGUCUUUUGUUUUCUUUUUACUGGUUUGGUACAUUCUGAAGAGUGUUGCAUUAAGAGCUUGAUUUGUCAGUUAAUGUAUUAUCUAAACUGUAAAGCUUGUGUUGUCGAUCGUUUUAAAUUGUUGAGCAGGGAAACGGUUUAAGCUAAGAGUUUUGAGUUGGGCAGGUUUCAGAUAUUUUCCACAGCCUACACUAGAUUCCAUUGAGAAAUUAUUGCAUGUGCAGUGAUUGUCUCUGAUGUGCAUGAACCACUGACCUUAUGGAGUGUAGAGAUAAACCAACAUACAGUAACAUACUGUUACUUCUGCCUUUUUAUUAGUGGAACCAGUGGCACAGCUGUGUGCACUGUUAGAGGCUUUAUCAGAAUGUCUUGUCCCACAUUGUAACCUAAUAGAGGUGUUUGGCAUUCUUUAACCUGUUUUUUCUGACUUUGAAAUUAUCUUGUUUUAAGACACAGUCUGAUAUGAUACAGAGUAUGCUUUAAUUUUCCAAAUGAAUUGAUAUGCAAUUUUAUGUUGACACUCUUGCACCAAGCUAAUCUCUGUGGGACUUCUAUAUGAUUUGUAUUUAGUAACCCUGGCUCUUGUCAUCUGUUCAUCCUUUCAGAAUUAAAACCUUUUUAUAGGA